AUGACCGCCACAGAUACGUCACCACCGUUAUCGCCUCUUGGUUUGGCAAAAAAAGUAAUAGAAGAACAAGAUCCGCCAUCAACGAAAUCAUUCAAUGAACACAAAGAGUUGAAAUUCUCAUACAGAAGCUUGAAGCAUUUUGAUCUUGUUGGUUGCUACAGUGGGCUAGUUUUAAUUAAGCUUUACGUCGACACGCUUCUUCUGUGGAACCCUUUGCUUCGAAAAUCUGUAACCCUUCCUAAACACGACAAUAUUGGAUACGAGGUGCGUUCUAUCGGUUGGGGAUUUGGAUUUGAUUGUCGGACAAACGACUGUAAAGUGGUGAAAAUUGUAUGCUUAGAAAACAAUGGUGUUGCAAAACUUGAUUCUCUGGUUCAGGUUUUCUCACUCUCUACUGGGUGUUGGAAAAGCUUUAGAGUUGGUGUUCCUGCGUGUAGUUUAACUUACCGCGGUCCGCCGCCGGUCAUCAUUGGGCCUAUCGAUCGUAUAAUUAACCGUUGUCCGCAACCUUUCAUCAAUGGAGCCAUCCAUUGGCUUGCUUCGGGGAUUGGCAGCGAUGUUCGCCGACAUUUGGUCUUGUCAUUUGAUAUAAGUAAUGAGAUAUUUCGUGAAAUAAUGUUGCCUGAUAAAAUUGCUUCUCUUUCCUCGCUAUCCUUGUUUAUUUCAGUAUACAAAAAAUCACUUACUGCGUGUGUUGCCUCACCUGAUCUUUGGUCUCUGUGGGUGAUGAAAGAAUAUGGUGUAGUAGAGUCAUGGACCCAAGUUUUAAUUGAACGAAAUAUACUAAAACCAUUGGGCUUUAUUACGAGAGGCGAGGUAUUAUGGCAGACAAAUAAUGGAGAGGUAGCUUCAUAUGAUCCUAAGAGAUCAAAAAUUAUGAAUCGUAGCGUAGAUGAUAAGGGAACAUAUUGUUUUGCUGGUCCUUAUGAAAAGAGCCUUGCUUUACUUUACGAAGCAAAUCUUUCAAGAAAACGAUGGAGGAAGAAGGGUAAUACAAUAGGAACGAAGCAAAAGAGAGUGAUUGACUGCUUGAAACAUGCCAAAAAGAGUGUGAGCAAGAAGAGCAAAACAAGAGAAGAGUAG